AUGUUUGAAAAAGUUAAUGAAGGUAAAGUUUUGGUAAAAAACAAAAAAACCGUAUUGAAGAAAAAUAAUAUAGUUGUGUUAGAAGAUAGUAAAAAAUAUAAGAAAGUACAAACAAUAUUUGCAGCAGAUAAAGCAUCUACAACAUAUAAAAGGAUAAAAGUUUAUAUAUUACAAUCUACAACUUCUGAUCAAAGUGCAAUUAAAGAUUAUGUGACUAAAAUGUUAAACUUGAACUCAAGUGUUAAAGAGCUAAAACAUGCUAAAGUUACAAAUAUUAAAUACAAAGUUUGUGAAAUUCAAAAUAACUAUUUAGGAGGUAAUAAAUAUAAAGAAUCUGAUAUAGAAAAAAGUAUUCUUUUUUUAAAAAACUAG